AGGAUCAACCAGGAAGUAGAGGGCCGCACCCACACUCGUUAGAUGCAUUCACUAUCACAACUCCUCAAGCGCUGAGAUCAACACUUAAUCUGUAAAACAACGCCAUAAAAAGUUGAUGUUUGCUUCGUGGAGGUAUUGAUCACCAGCGAAGUCAUUUUUAUUUACAGCGAUCUACCGAUGCAAAUAUUGAACUUUACUGAACGACCGAUUAACAGCAUUUUACAGAGUCCCGGUGAGAUGUUUUGUUAUAGCAUGCUAGCUAGCAAAUCAGCUAACUAAACAACAGGUAGUGUUAUAUACCAUGGUCUGAUAUCUGAGAAAAUACUCUAAUACACAGUGUAUCAUCCUUAAAGUGUUUGUGAAACUGUUUGUCGAAAUCUUAGCCCCACCAACAUCACACUGAAGCAGUCUUCUUAUGUAGCAUACUGUCAUAGUGAUAACCCAAACUAAAAUGCCUGUAAGUUCUCAGUUUGAUGUGUGUUUUAUUCUGCCUUUCACUGUCUGAAGGCUUCAGAAACAAGUCUAACCAAAGAUGGCUUCCCGUGGGAAAUCUGAAACUGGAAAAUUGAGGCAAAAUAUGGAAGAGCAGCUCGACAGACUGAUGCAGCAGCUGCAGGACUUGGAGGAGUGCAGGUGCAUUCAAACUCAAAUAAAACAAAACCUUUACCAAUGAUUUAGCAGUGGAAACUCGUAGAAAUGAUCAUCUUUGAGUAAAGAAAGACUAUCCAACUGUUUAAACAGCGUACAAGUUCAUCUCUACUGUCUUUAUUUCAGAGAAGAACUGGAUGAGGAAGAGUAUGAGGAGACUAAAAAAGAAACAUUAGAGCAGCUGAGUGAAUUCAACGACUCCCAGAAGAAGAUCAUGACAGGGGACAUGACGCUUGUGGAUGAACUGAGUGGAAUGCAGUUGGUAUGGAAAAUCAAUGAGUAAUGUGCAUUUUCUUCACACUGAGAGGUUAGAGCAUUUAUAAGAGUCUGAAAAUUGAGCUGUCCAGUGUGUCUGUCUUUAUCAGGCAAUCCAGGCGGCUAUCAGUCAGGCAUUCAAGACCCCAGAGGUGAUCCGGCUUUUUGCAAAGAAGCAGCCAGGACAGCUGAGGACCAGACUGGCAGAGGUUUGCACUGUUGGCAUUAAUAUUGAGAUCUUUUCUGUUUAGUACGUAUGUAAUCCAAUCUCUCAGUCACUCCCUGGUGUUUAUUUUUAUGUUGCUGGGCCUGAAACUUGUCCAACUAUGAUGCAACUUUUUUCACAGAUGGAUCGGGAUGUCAUGGUGGGCAAGCUAUCGCGGCAUGUAUACACACAACAGAAAAUGGAAAUUCUCACUGCCUUGAGAAAACUUGGUGAGAAGGUGAGGAAAACUCUCAGAAGAGAUGAACUUUUUUCACAGACAUGUGUUUAUGAAACCAGAAGUGGCAAUGACCUACUCUAGUCUUGUAACUGUAACUGACAUACUGACUCUGUUGUUACCAUGACAGAUCAGACUCUGACUUUUAAAGGUCAAAUUCUCAUUUUCUGAAAUCCUUUUCUUUUUUUUUUCUCAUGUUUGACAGCUAACUCCGGAGGAUGAGACUUUUCUUACUGAAAAUGCGACUGCUACUCUGAGCCAGUUUGAAAAAGUGACUGCAGAUUCAGGUGAAAACCAACGUGUGAUUUCACUGAAAUCUUUUUCAUUACAAACUUCUUGCAUAGGCAUUCACAUUGACCUUAUUUUCUUUUAUUUUUCAGGCUCAGAAGACAAAAUAAUGGCUUUGGCGAGCUCUGGGGUGAAAACAAAAACAUAGUUAUUUUUUAGAAAAAAUUCAUUUGAACUCUUUAUUACCGAGAAAAAAAAAGUGCCAAUUGAUCAUUGAUUCUGUAAACAAUCAGUGCACUUCUAGGCUUUUUGAAUGUCAUAACAAUUUUUAGUAGUAUUGUUUUUUAACUUUUAAAUUUUGUACAUCUUUUAUUUGUCCAGAUAGGUGUUUGUUGUAUUGUAGGUACGAAGGUUUUAGUUGAAUUUUAAGAUACAGUUCUUACAUGAAUAGAAAAGAUAGGCCGGGUAGGUCAAGAGAAAAACUCAUUAGUGACUUGCGCUGUGUUUCUUAAUGGAUUGCUGUGCUCUCUUUCUCAGAAGUUUGAUAGUGAGCUUUGUGGGCUUUAAGAUGUUGAUGACCUGGAUUAGUUUUGCAAAUGUUCAAGGUGAUUUUUUUCAUGAUCUCUGCUUGCUUUUAGGUUUUUAGAAAAAACAACCAAAAAUCAGAAGCUGAAUCAAUAACACUAUUAAAUCAGUUUGUACUGGUAUAUGUACUGUUGUGCACACAUGAAGUAUGAUUUGCUUGGUGGUAGAUCAAACAUAUCCAACCACAACUCAGUGUCUUCAAUUUACUAAAUGAUGAAGGCCUCCAGAGUUACAAAGCAUUCAACACCUUCUCUCCCAGUGUUUUGCUGUUGUUAUUUUAACUCUUUUAUCAUUAUUGGUUUUUUUGUUGUUUGUUAAGUUUUUAUACAUAUCAGCCUGGGCAUAUGAAUGAAUACACUUUCAAUCAUUAAAAAGUUGUUUGUUUUUUCUUUAAGUUUAACAGGCUCAGACUGUUUGAAGCUUAAUGUCACAGUGUUUACAGGAUUGGUAGGAACUGAUCAAGUUUUCUGCUGUUUCUCUGUAUUCAACUGAAAGAAAAUGAUGUUCAGUCAUUUAUUUGUUUUACCAGUAUUUCAGCCUGUAAGUCUUAAUAUUUUACCACCAGAUGGCAGUAUUGCUCUUAUUUAAAACCCUUGGCAGCACUGCUUGUAUUUAUUGUGACUUUUAUUCUACAGUACUGGUUUUAUUCUAAUUGCCUUUAGUAUUUGUGAAGCACUUUGAAUCACCCCUGUGUUUGGUAUUUGUUGUAUCAAUAAAACUGCUUCCCAAUGUCUU